AUGGACGACUCUAACAGUGAUAUUUCGGCACCAAGCACGUUAAGUUCCGUCUCGGGGUUUUCAAGUGAUGCGUCUUCAUUUUUGUAUGGUGGUGGCUAUGCCCAUGCACCAAAUGUUCGUCCAGUCCCACUGUCUUCCGAGACGACGUUACGUCCGAAUUUCAUGUCGAGCUCGACCGAAGAGAACGGACCGACUGGUGUUCCACGAACCCGACCAAUGCGUGUCAGUGAAAGUGACGUGAACGAGUCACCGGAUGCAGCUUUUCGACACUUUCGUACCCCCGUGACCGACCGUGGAGUACCUUUUUCAACUACAAAAGCUAGGGGUACAAUUUUAGGUGGAUUUUUAAAGCAUUGGAAGCUUGAUACGACAAUUGCACAAUGGAUUAUGACACCUGGGAACCUUUUUGUCCGGGCACUACAAUGUGUCGUGGUCCCCAUGAUGUUUGUCAAUCUUGUGGUUGCUACGGCAAAUAUGACGGACAAACAUCUAAACAAACGUCAAAGUGGUUGUAUUAUUUUUAUUGUACUAGUAUCAACUACUUUAGCUAUUGUACUAGGACAGACUACUGCUGUCAUUAUGCACUCGGUCUUUAGGUCAUAUCAAAAGGAAAAAGCUACGAAGAAUACGGAUGCUAUCUUUGGUAUUCAAUGUGGAAAUGGUAAAUAUCUGGAAGCAAGUGAUGACGGUGUAGUGACUUGCUCUGCGAUGGAAAUCUCGGAUACGUCAAAGUUUGCUAUGGAUGAUAUUAAUAACGCACUAGCGCGGAAUGAAGCACGGACGGGAACGAAAACCACGCUGUCAGAUAAUGUGUUGAGCAUUUUUAAUCAGAUUGUGCCGGCCAAUAUCAUGACAGCAUUCGUUUCCAAUUCACUGCUGAGUAUUGUGGCAAUUUCGCUGCCACUUGGCGUCACUCUGGUCCGCAGUUUUCAUGGACCUUCGAACCUAAAUCCACUGCUGGAAUUUUUUUGUGAAGUGAAUGAGACGCUUGUACACAUGGUUCAUCAUAUUCUCCGCUUUACACCCUUUGCGGUGUUGAGUCUUCUUGUUGGCUCAUUAGCUACCUCUUUGGAAGACUCGGUGGCCGAACAUCCGCUCAUGCUGGUGAUGCUAGUGGUGGCGGCGCUGGCUGUGACUGUGCUUGUGCACAUGUUUGUGGUGGUGCCUGUAGUUUUUGUGCUGCUUACCCGUCAGAAUCCAUUUCGCUUCAUGCUUCAGAUGCUGCCAGCGUACGUGUACAGUCUUGGCUGCUCGUCAUCUAUGGCUACAAUGCCGAUGAGCCUCCAGUGCAUUGAAAUGUCUCGUAAGGUUUCAAGUCCUAUUAUGCACUUCGUCUUAUCAGUGGGUACAUCGCUGCAUAUGCCUGGCACGGCGAUUUAUCUAGCUGUGUUGGCGCACUUUAUGGCUGAUGUAGCUGGUAUUGGUCAUGCACAAUCAGUUUCUACAAUGUUGAUGGCUUUUCUUGGUGCUUUCUUAUGCACUGCCAUGGCACCACCAAUUCCAACUGGAGCACUAACGGUACUCACCGCCGUCUGGAAUAUUGUUUUUCCUGAGUACGCCAUUCCGGACAGUCUGUAUGCGCUUGUGGUAGCUUCGGACGUGUUCUUGGACCGUUUCGUGACAUUAUGCAAUGUAAAUGCACAGGCAAUGCUGUGCCAUAUUCUAGCUGACCACAUUGUUGCCAAGGACGUAGGAAAUGUUCCACGUGCGCAGGUUCAGCAAGACUCUGGGGCACGGUGA